CUGAGCCGGGCUGUGAUAGGUCUGGGUUCAUUGCGGUGCAGUCUCCUUCAGCUCGCCCUCCAACCGGUGACGCCUGCCUUAAGCCGUGCGGUGUGAGGAACAUCUCCAAUAAAGUCACUUUAGUUCACGUCUAAGCUCCAACCUCAACCGAUACAAUGGCCGUGCCUCCCUGCUAUGCUGACCUGGGCAAGUCUGCCAAAGACAUCUUCAACAAAGGCUAUGGAUUUGGCUUGGUGAAACUCGAUGUCAAGACAAAGUCGGCCAGUGGAGUGGAAUUCAAAACAGCUGGUUCCUCCAACACUGACACCAGCAAAGUAGCAGGCAGCCUGGAAACUAAAUACAAGAGGUCAGAAUACGGCCUGACCUUCACCGAGAAGUGGAACACUGACAACACCUUGGGAACAGAAAUCACUGUUGAAGAUCAGAUUGCCAAGGGACUGAAGUUGACUUUUGACACAACCUUCUCACCAAACACUGGCAAGAAGAGCGGCAAAGUCAAGACCGCCUACAAGCGCGAGUACGUUAACUUGGGCUGUGAUGUCGACUUUGACUUCGCUGGUCCCACCAUCCACGGAGCUGCUGUCGUCGGCUACGAGGGGUGGCUCGCCGGUUACCAGAUGAGCUUUGACACUGCCAAAUCCAAGAUGACCCAGAACAACUUUGCCAUUGGCUACAAGACAGGAGACUUCCAGCUGCACACUAAUGUCAAUGACGGAGCUGAGUUUGGAGGCUCCAUCUACCAGAAAGUGAGCGACCAGCUGGAGACAGCAGUCAACCUGGCCUGGACCGCUGGCAGCAACAGCACACGCUUCGGUAUUGCAGCCAAAUACCAGUUGGACAAGGAUGCCUCCAUCAGUGCUAAAGUGAACAACAAUAGCCUUGUUGGUGUUGGGUACACCCAGACACUUAGACCAGGUGUGAAACUCACCCUGUCUGGCCUGGUCGAUGGCAAGAACAUCAACGCAGGCGGCCACAAGCUGGGUCUGGGCUUGGAACUGGAAGCCUAAGUUUUCUUCAUACUGCAAGGGACUAGGGAAUAUCAGAAGAAUCUGGCCUUAAAGUGUAUGUCCAACUCAAACCAGCAAGGGGAUAUCUUUGGAGAGAUUGGUUCAAAGGCUACGACACAACAAACUCUAACUUGUUGAGUACCACUUCAAGUUGGUGCUUCUGUCAUGGUAUAUUUUACCUUUGAUGCUUUUUACUUUAGUUGCAUCUGUUGAAGACACAGUUGGUGGCAUAUUAUUUAUAAAUCAUGUCAUUGUACCUGUCCAGUACUGCCAUAAUAAUGAAAUCCAAUACAAUCCCUUUGCCUGUCAUCAUGUCUUUGUGGCUUUAUUGUGAUAAUACCAGACACUCCGUUUUUUUCUUGUGAGAACAUGAGUUUACGGUUUUGUGUGGUGAGUGUUUUCAUACCUUCUCUCUGACAUUACAGUCAACCAUCUGAUAUUCCUUUUGUCAUCUACAGUUUCCAUUAGCAAAUCAUGUACAAGUACACUAUUUAAAUAAUGCUGCACCCUUCCUGUUCAUGCACACAAGGACGUACUUAAAGCUCUGUAAUGUUUUGUUUUGUGUCGGCCAUCAGGGUGUGUGAUGUUCUGUCGAAGCUCCCUUUAAACUGGGCAGUUUUUGGGUUGCUUAAAGGUGGGUUUGAGAGAAGCCAGUACAUAUGGCCGACCAAGCAGAAUUAGUUUUUGUUCAUUCUGUACUGACAGACAUCUGGGGGGCGCAUAAUUAAUGUUCACAGUAAUGCCAAAUUACCAUUAUCCAGCAGAGGCGUAACUUAAAGUUGCGCCUGUGCGCUCUCGGAAAGUUCUUCCCUGUACUGGGCAGAGACGGAGCCCACAGGAAGUCUUGGAGGUCCUUAUGUGUAUGUAUGAAUUUUCAAUAAAGUCUUUGAACUCCA